UAAAGUUUUGAAGGUCAAAUGUUUAUUACAAACGCCCAAGCAAUAGUGAGAAAAUAUAAACCAGAAGAAUGCAGACAACUACCAUAUGAAUGGGUUUUUUGAUUUUAUAUUAAAUUAUUCUCUUUUUGUUUGCAUAAAAAUCCGUGCAAUUAAAAACCUGAAUGAAUCCGCCUACUAUUGUCGCAUAAAUUUGCAUUUCUCAUUUAAAUGCAAAAAUUAACACAGCGCCAUGCUAAUAGCCAGCGAGAUAAACCAUAAUAUUUUAAUUUUUUGCUGUUUUGUGAGUUUUUGAUGGCUCUGGUGCAGAGUUGAGACGGUGGCAAAUGAAAUGAUCUAUCCAUAUAUAUCGAAACUAAGUCAAACGCACUGCAAUGAACUGACUAAUGCCAAAAAUGUUUUGCUCCGCUUUCUGACAGCGUUCACACCUCCAACAACUUACAAUGAAGCACCACAGGGUCCGCUGCAUAUUUACAUAUGUACAAAUACUGAAUAAUAUCAGCUUGGCUUGUAAAGCAGUGUUGGUUAUGGUUUUUAGAGAAUUUUGGCAUUUUCGAUAGCACACGUAGUUAUUAUUAAUAUUAGUUUUGUUUCAAUUGGUAAAUUUGGACGGUAAACAUUUUUAUUGCAUUCGAAAAUACUUCGCGUUUUUGUACUGAAAUAUUUCUUGUAUAAAUUUAGCUGCAGUUUUGCUUAGACCAACAGAAAGCAACUGAACUGCAAACCGAUACAGUCAAUCAAGCUUAAUACUAUCUGCAAAAUGCGUGCAUUUUUGAUCCUGUGCUCUGUCAUCUCUGCUGCGUAUGCCGCUGGCCUUGGCUACAACUAUGAGAGCAACAAUGGUCCAGCGCUUGCUGGUGGUUUUGUUGGUGGUCCCGUGCUUGGCGGACAAGCUCUUGCUAGUCCCAGUUAUGCUGGGCAAGCGCUAAGUGGACUCAGUUUUGUUGGCCAAGCUAUUGCCAGUCCCAGUUACAGCGCUCCGGCUCCAGUUCCAGAGGUUAACAAGGAAUUUUUCAGCUACACUGCACCCGAGAAUGAAUUCAAUAAUAUCGGUAAUGCCGGUGACAUCGCUAAUUCGUUGAAGAAAAACUUGCGUGUUAUCUUCGUUAAGGGACCACAGAACUCUGGACUCGAGAAUGCCGCUUUGCAGUUAUUGUCUAAAUCGGCUGUUGAGGAACGCACCGCUAUCUAUGUGCUGAACAAACAAGCUGACAUCGGUGAUUUGGCUAACAAACUGAACUCAAUCAAUCAUCGCAGCGCUUACAAACCAGAAGUACACUUCGUCAAAUACAGAACACCAGCUGAUGCUGAGCAUGCCAAGCAUGCUAUUCAGUCACAAUACGAUAAUUUGGGUGGUAAUACUAGCAGCUACAAUAGUGGUGUGGCGCCAGUUUUGGAUUUCGCCACAAAGCCAGCCGCUCCUGCUGCUCAGCAACCAAUUGGUAGUGUGGAGGGAGCUUAUCUGCCACCAAACAAAGUUUAAUAAGUUGACCGAUAUAUUAUAGCGUAUAAUGAUGUGGAUUUAUCAAACAAUUUGUUAAAUAUUAAUUUAGUCCUGAUGUUCCUUGUUAACUAAAUGUAUAAGUUUCUUCAUAAUUGCAAAAAUAUAUGUUUAAGAAUACCAAUUUAAAAUUAAUGAAUUUUUAUUGCAACGGAUUUCGAUACACAUUGUUCUAUACAACUCAAAGAAGAGAUUUUUAAAUAAAAG